GUCGACUAGUUUCCCCGCCUCUCUUCUGAUCCUUCAUGAACAUGGCUGGCAGCGCCUGGAGGUCACUGGUGAGACGCUGUAACAUUAUUUCUCGUGUGGCGGGGGCAAUCACUGCACCAGAAUAUGGCGCCAGGCGGCUUUCAAGUCAUGUGCAGACUGUCACUCUCAUACCAGGGGAUGGAAUUGGCCCAGAGAUUUCAGCAGCUGUCAUGAAGAUUUUUGAGACUGCCAAAGCUCCUGUACAGUGGGAAGAGAGGAAUGUUACAGCAAUUAAAGGACCUGGUGGAAAGUGGAUGAUUCCCCCAGAAGCCAAAGAAUCCAUGCAUAAGAACAAAAUGGGCUUAAAAGGACCUUUAAAGACACCCAUAGCUGCUGGACAUCCAUCCAUGAACUUGCUGCUCCGCAAAACAUUUGAUCUGUAUGCAAAUGUGCGUCCAUGUGUUUCCAUUGAGGGAUACAGGACCCCUUACACAGAUGUAGACCUGGUCACAAUUCGUGAGAACACAGAGGGAGAAUAUAGUGGAAUUGAGCAUGUGAUUGUGGAUGGUGUUGUACAAAGUAUUAAGCUUAUUACAGAAGAAGCAAGCCAUCGCAUUGCACAGUUUGCCUUUGAGUAUGCAAGGAACAACCAGAGAAGCACGGUGACUGCAGUGCACAAAGCAAAUAUCAUGAGAAUGUCUGAUGGGCUAUUCCUGAAAAAAUGUCGAGAAGUUGCAGAAAACUUUAAAGACAUUAAGUUUAAUGAAAUGUAUCUGGAUACAGUGUGUCUUAAUAUGGUGCAGGAUCCUAUCCAGUUUGAUGUGCUUGUCAUGCCAAACCUCUACGGUGACAUCUUGAGUGAUCUUUGCGCAGGUCUAAUUGGAGGCCUGGGAGUGACACCUAGUGGAAAUAUCGGUGCUAAUGGGGUAGCAAUCUUUGAAUCGGUUCAUGGCACAGCCCCAGAUAUUGCUGGAAAAGACUUUGCCAACCCCACUGCUCUUCUUCUAAGUGCAGUCAUGAUGCUGCGGCACAUGGGUCUCCACGAGUAUGGACGCAAAAUAGAAAGUGCCUGCUUUGAGACCAUAAAAUCUGGCAAGGUUCUGACUAAAGACUUGGGUGGUAACUCCAAGUGCUCUGAAUUUACCAAUGAAAUCUGCCGCAGAAUACAGGACAGUGAUUAGCAUUGUAGCUCUUCAGUAACUUCUGUCAGAACGGUGAACUGACUUGACAAGCACAUAACUUCCUGCUGUCUUUAUCAUGCUUCAGUGCUUCAUCUUCUUCACAGCAAACCAAAAGCCCUGCUAUGCAUGGCAUGCUACUCUGUGUGUAUAGGCUUCUCUGGCAGUGAAAGAUUUCAGUGGAAACUCAGAUUUUUAAUGCAGCAACCUGUAAUUAGAAUCAACACAGCAGUGCUGGUUAGACUUAAAUUGCAGUUAUAAUAUUGGCUGCUUACAGCUCCGCUCUCUUUAUAUGAGGUCUUUCAUUGGUUGCUCAUUAACUGAUCCACCUGCAGAAGGUGCUGCUACAGCGGUAUGCCAGAGUCUGAAAUAAUUGUUAUAAAUGUCAUGUUCAAGCUUUAAACAUUGUGACUUCAGAAUUUGUAUUUAUUUAUAACUUCACUCCAUUCUUCCAGUGUUUGGAGGUACUAUUCUUUUUUUUUUUUUUCUUUCUUUCUGAUUAUGCACUUUUUUGUUUUGCAUUUUCAUUAAAUGUGUGUUCAAAGAGACAUUUGGAUGUCAAAAACCUGGUGCAGAUAAAAUGUUUUGUUAUGGUAAAAAUUAUUGUUUGGUGACAGCCCAUAAAGCAUUUAUUUUUAAACCUG